GCAAUCACAUAGAUCUAAGCUUGGCGCCGCUUCCCAUUUCUGCUCUGCGCUUCUUUUACAAUUUUGGUAGACGAGACGGCGCUCAAAAUGGCAAACAGUGCGCCGAGCUGCCGUGCAUUCUCUUGGCUGUGGCUGUGGCUGCUCCUGCUCCUACGGCUGUGGUGCCUCCUCCUCGUCCUCUACUGUCCGAUGAUGUCGUCGGCGCUCGUCGUCAGGGAACUACCGGGAUUCGAUGGCCCCCUUCCCUUCUUCCUCGAAACCGGGUAUGUGGAGGUGGACGAGAGCAAUGGUGUGCAGCUUUUCUACUACUUCGUUCAGUCGGAGAGGGAUCCUGCUAGUGAUCCGCUGCUGCUGUGGCUGCAAGGUGGGCCUGGCUGCUCAGGGCUCUCGGGUCUUGUCUACGAGAUUGGGCCGUUGCUUUUCGAUGUGCAAUAUACAGCAAAUGGUUAUGAAGGAGGCGUCCCCCGAUUGCUCUAUAGACCUGAAACAUGGACUAAGGUGAGCAAUAUAAUAUUUGUUGAUUCUCCCGUUGGGGCUGGUUUCUCAUAUGCCUCUACAGAGGAAGGUUUUAAGUCCAGUGAUACCAUUGCAAUAAAACAACUGGUCAUCUUCCUUAAAAAGUGGCUGGAUCAACAUCCUCAGUUUAUGUCAAAUCCACUAUAUAUUGGUGGUGAAUCGUACUGCGGCAUCAUUAUACCUGCUCUCACAUUAGAAAUUGACAAAUUAAUUAGAAAAGCAUCAGGCGAAAGUCUACCAUUUAAUCUCAAGGGUUACAUUGCUGGCAACCCAAUGACCGACAAGAAGUUCGACACAGAUGGAAAAAUCAAAUUUUUUCAUGGAAUGGGACUUAUAUCAGAUGAGCUUUAUGAGCUUGCCAAAGUGAACUGUAGAGGAAGCUAUGAUCCGCCCGCCAAUCAUCAAUGUGCAAAAUAUAUUGAAUCUAUAAACUAUUGCACAAAGGACAUCAAUGUGUUUCACAUCCUCGAGCCGUCAUGCAAAACGCUUUGGAGAAAUGUGACAGAAAAGGCUGAAAUGCACAGGCUCAUGCUGGAAUCCGAUGGCGUUGGCGUACCUCUGCACUUCAAAUGCAGACACGACUCCUAUCAGCUGUUAUAUAUAUGGACAAAUGAUGAAACUGUAAGGAAGAAUCUGGGCAUUCGACAGAAAAUAACACAACAAGGUUCCCAACAAGAUCUAUAUACUAGAAGUUAUGCGACUAAUUUGACAUAUGCAACUGUGAAGGGUGCUGGCCACACUGCUCCCGAGUACAAGCCCAAGGAGUGCCUCGCAAUGUUUGCAAGAUGGAUUUCCACUAUACCUUUAUGAGUAAUCAUUUACCUAUUGGAGUUCUCCAUCAGUAUAAAACAUUAUGUACCACUUAGUAUUGUGAGUGUUAAGGUAAUGUACCAGAAUAUAGUAAACUCAUUGAAUUAAAAGCCAGAGACACUACACAAGGCUAUGCAAUCACUACCAGAGCAUCACUGCCUGGAGCAAUCCUGCCGUUGGAGCAUCACUGUCGAUCAUAAGCCUAGAAUCCAAAAAAUUAGUGGGAAGCUAUUCACGCAGCACCACUGUAAUACCCCGAGAAUGAAUGCUAUAAAUGAACUUUUAGUACGGAUCAA